ACGCGGUGAAUGGAUUUGGAGAAAUUCGUGUCAGUUUCUUCCGUGUUGUUAGACGCGCGAUUCCGGGUGUGACAGUCACCUGACAGCAUUUCCACAGUGUCAGUCCGCCCGUGCACAGUGUAUUAACAGAAAAACAAUUAUCAAAAGCAUAAUAAUGGCCACAAAUCCACCGAAAAUCAAGGCGCUGUUGAGUGGAAAUGAAAGGUUGCAGAAAUUGAAAGCCGCUUUUCAUGACAAAUAUGGUCAAAUGCCGCUUUUCUACGCUUGUGCUCCGGGGAGGGUGAAUUUGAUUGGUGAGCAUAUUGAUUACUGUGGUUAUGCUGUCCUGCCGAUGGCGAUAGAGCAGAAUAUUCUCGCUGCAGUUUCUGUCUCUGACACUAAAACCAUCAAGCUGACGAACACUGACCCCAAAUACAAAGAUUUCGCUGUGUCUGCUGAUGGCAUCUCCAUUGACAGAGAGAAUCCUCAGUGGCAUUAUUACUUCCUAUGUGGAGUGAAAGGACUCCAGGAGCAUCUGAGCUUGUCUUCAUUGGCAGGGAUGUGUUGUGUGGUGGACGGGACGAUCCCGGCAAGUUCAGGCCUGUCCAGCUCCAGUGCGCUGGUGUGCUGCGCCGGUCUGCUCACUAUGGAGGCCAAUCACAAAUCUCUUUCUAAGGUCACACUUGCAGAAAUGUGUGCCAAAUGUGAGCGUUAUAUUGGCACUGAGGGCGGAGGGAUGGAUCAGUCCAUUUCUUUUUUAGCAGAAGAGGGAACGGCAAAGCUAAUCGAGUUUAACCCACUGCGAGCCACAGACGUGAAGCUGCCUGACGGCGCAGUGUUUGUAAUUGCCAACUGCUGUGUGGAGAUGAACAAGGCAGCGUCGUCUCACUUCAACAUGAGGGUGGUGGAGUGUCGCAUCGCCACAAAGAUGCUGGCGAAGGCACGCGGGCUGGACUGGAGACGUCUGCUGAAGCUGGGGGAUCUGCAGAAGGAGCUGCGGGUGAGUCUGGAGAAGAUGCUGGAGCUGCUGGAGGAACUGCUGCACCCCGAGCCCUACAGCAGAGAGGAGAUCUGCAGGAGUCUGGGCAUCACUGAUCAACAGCUGGGGGAAGACAUACUCAGUGCCAACACACAGCACGCGACUCAUUUUAAGCUGUACCAGCGUGCCAGACACGUGUACGGCGAGGCUGCGCGUGUGCUGCAAUUUAAGGCCGUGUGCGAUUCCUCUCCUCCCAGCUCCAUCGCUCAGCUGGGAGAUCUGAUGAAGCAGAGCCACGCCAGCUGUAGAGACCUGUACGAGUGCAGCUGCCUGGAGCUGGACCAGCUGGUGGACAUAUGUCUGCAGGCGGGCGCCGUGGGCUCCAGGCUAACCGGAGCAGGAUGGGGAGGCUGCACCGUUUCCAUGGUUCCUGGAGAAAGGAUGGAUUCGUUUCUCAAGACCGUGCGGGAACGUUAUUACGUGCCUGACGCCCGUCGAAGCGCUCUGGAAAAGCAGAGUUUAUUUGUGACUAGGCCAGGUGGAGGGGCCGCAAUUUACAUAAUGGAUUGAAAAACUCUCUCGUUUUAGCAACACAAUCAACCCCUCGGCCUGUGAAGCUGAAGAAGAUUCAUAUAAUGGCUGAUCUGAUGAAAGAAAAACAGACUGUAUAAAGUCUGAAUGGGCAUUUUUACUCAAUAAAAUGAAUAAAUCUCUAAUCAUUUAA